AGAGGGAAUGAGAGAGAGACGGAGCGUGAAGAAGAAAGAGUGAGAGUGUGAAAGGGAAAGAGAGCGUGAGAGAAGAGAUAAUGCAAGCUGGAAGAACAAGGAGCCGGUAUGAGCCAUGAGUCAAAGUCGCGGUCAUUAGGAAUGAUCUCCACGGCAACUCACACCACAGCGACGGUCAAUCCUCUUACCCCACUAGCCAAUGGGAGUGCGGCUGCUCAGUCUGCUCACUCCGGAUUCGCUGCCGCUCUCCGUCAACUGGCCAAACAGGCUGAAGACCCCAGAGGUUCUUCUCCCAAUAGUGAGUCUCCAGUCUCCUCUCCAGCCACCAGUCUCAGUUCUCCAGUCAACACUCCUAAGAGGGGGUUGUCAGGGCCGCUCCAGACCCGGGGACACAGCCUUCCCUCCACCCCUCCUGUAGUCACCAUCGCCCCCACUCCCACCAAGACCAGCAGCAUUCUCUGGAUAGGAGAAGGGCGCCAGGCUGAGUCAGGUGUUCGGGGGGUGAGUUGGGAGCGUGUGGGGUCUGAGCCCAGCCUUCCCCAGGAGAAAGGGGCUCAUCCUGUCCCCUCUCCUCACAUCCUGGCUCACCCAUCCUACCCCUUCAGCCUCACCCCCAGCUCUGUAAUGCAGGACCGGCGACUACAGGGCCUCAGUCUACCUGGUCAGGUACACCCUGCAGUUUCCUCAGGGGCGGUCCAAGAGGAGUACCUAAGAGGACUCCGCCCCUUCGCCACCUCAGAUGACCUUCGCCUGCGCUCGCUGCCCCUGGGGCUCGACCCCACCACCGCUGCCCAUGUUACUGCUGCUGCUGCCUACUACCACCCUGCCUACCUCCACCACCUCCACAGGAUGGAGGAGUCUUUGUGUCUUUCUGCACUGCGGUCUCAGUUCUACUCUGUACCAGCAGGGGGGGCCUUCCCUCACCUCCACCCCGCUGCCCUCCACAUGCACCUGCCUGGGGCACGCUACCCUGGGGAGUUCAGCCACACACAUAGUGCACUGGCUGAGAGAACACAGAUGGAGGAAGAGCUUCGCCAACGAGAGAGGGAGCGAGAGCGUGAACGAGAGAAACAGAGGGAGCGUGAGCUGGAACAGGAGAGAGAGAAGGAGCGGGAGAGAGAGAGGGAGACAGAGAUGGAAAGACAGAAAGAUAGGCAGAGGGAGAGAGAGAGGGAGAGAGAGAGGGAGAGAGAGAGGGAGAGAGAGAGGGAGAGACAGAUGGUGAGAGCGGUGAAGAGCCAGUACCUUGCUGGGCUGAAGGCUCUCACGGCUCUGCCGGAGGACAGGGUCAGACCUGGGGAGAGGCUGACACCUAACAGACUGGAUAAGCCCACCCUCCCUGCCCUCCCAGUACCUAAACCUCUUCAGCCAGGCCUCCAGUCAGCCCCUCACCUCAUGCCCAGCCUGGUGCCCUCUCAGACGGGGAACACACACACUGCCUCAGCCUCUUCCGGGGGGCUCCAUGGAACACUGGCCUCUGCCGUGAUGCUCCAACAGGCCAAUGGGGAGGAGCGCAGGUUGGCACGGCAACGCCGGCAGGGACAGGAGAGGGAGGUGUGGCCACCUGUGGAAGGGGUGGAGCCUAGGAGAGACAGCUACAGGUCCAACGUCAGCCAACGUGACACAGGCAAUAGAGAGUCUCAACCCCACCUAGGAGCCCCACCUCCACUCAUCUCACCCAAACAUCACCCUCACCUCCUUCCCCACCCCCCUGCCCCUCCCACCACCCUCUGGAACCCUGCCUCCCUCACUGAGACCCCCCCAGACCCCCAUCGCAGGUUCGACUCCCCUGUUCCUCCAUCUCGCUCCCCUCCUGGCCUGACCAGAACCGAACGGUCCCCCAGCUGGGAGAGGGUGGAGGAUAGGUGCAGGAAGAUGGGGAAGGGCCCAGAGAGGUUCUCGUCUGUCAGGGGACCCAUUCUGCAGGAGCCUGGCCUCUGGGGCAUGGCUGAGCUCGAAGGAUCCACUCACAGUCUCCACCACCACCAUAACCACCACCAUAACCACCUCCACCAGAGGGGCUCGCUGUCCCUCUCCUCCCCCAGCCCCAGCUCCAACCUGGGUGUCCAGCGCCAGGCCAGCUCCCCAUCUCCCACCAUGGACCUCCAGAGGUCUGAACGGCCAGGCCAAGAGCCUCAGAACCCAGUGGUGUACGAUGAGAUUCUCCAGCAGCACCGCAGGCUGGUCAGCAAGCUGGACCUGGAGGAGAGCAGGAGGAGAGAGGCCAGGGAAGGAGGGUAUUACUAUGAUCUAGAUGAGUCAUAUGAUGAGAGUGAUGAGGAGGAAGUGAGAGCCCACCUCAGAAGGGUAGCAGAGCAGCCCCCCUUAAAACUGGACACAUCCUCAGAGAAGGUGUGUUUUCUGCGUGUGUGUGGCCUGACCACGCUGGCCCAUCGUGACCAGCUGCUUCACCAGAAGAGGAGGAAGAGGAGGAGGAUGUUGAGAGAGCGCAGCACCUCCCCUCCGGCAGUACGAGGCAAGAGGAAGACCCCUCCGCCUCCUGUGGCACCCGCUCCCCCCCUCAGCACCACUCUCACCCCAGAGGAGAUGAACUGCACCCCCCACCUGGAGGACAAGAAAGACUUCCUCAACAUGUUCAGCCUGUCCCAUGUGACCAGCCAGCAGAGGAGAGAUAAGGAGAAGAUGGAGGGGUUGCUGAAGGCUAUAAAGCUGAAGAGUGUGACGUUGGACACCAUCAGAUACAACCCAUUACCCCUCUAUAGAAGCCCCCCUGUUUCCCCAACUGGUGAAUCGAACGGACUCCACUACCCAGACUCCCCAAGCCCCUCGCCCCCCUACCCCCACCCCCCCAACAACCUCUACACAGACCCGCUAAAACCCUCCACCCCUCCACCCCGCCAACCCCCUCCCCUGGCCCCCAAACCCAACAGUAAAGGAUUGGGCGGAGGUCACCCAGCUAAGAGGCUCCAGGACCUCCAGAAUGGAGCAGGCCACCCUGGCCAUCAUCCUCAACAGAAGGUGCCCCUGGCUGUGCGGAACGGGCAGAACAAGCCAUGGGAAAGAUUCAUCCCGAAGGACUUCCACCAGACUGCGUUACAGUCUACCCACAAGACACUGGGUGGCUCCACCUGCUUUCCCGAGUCCAGUAUAAAGUCUGAGCCGUCAGCGCCCUACCACAUCCCCCCACUGAAGAGACCAGCCCUCCUCAACACAUCCCCACACCCCAUCAACGGGCAUCACCCUUACCCCUCUCCACCCCACCAUGACCCCCUUUGCGUACGGGACGAGCUGUCAGAGGAAGAGGAUGAUGAAGAGGAGGAGGGGGAAGCCCCUAGGAAGUGGAGGGGCAUAGAGUCAGUCUUUGAGGCUUAUCAGGAGUAUGUGGAUGAGCGGGGUAUGGAGAGACAGGUUCUUCACAGUCAGUGCCGGAGGCUGGAGACUCAGAACUACACUCUCAGUCUGACAGCUGAACAACUCUCACACAGCAUGGCGGAGCUGGUGAGUCAGAGACAGAGGGUGAGAGAUGAGAGAGAGAGGCUGCAGGCUCAGCUGGAGCUCUUCAGGAAGUGUCUGACCAUUCCCAACGUGCACUGGGGCAAGGGGCAGGCCAAAGGUUGCCCCUCCCCGGUGACCCCCUGCCCUGCUCCAGACCGACAGACAGACAGACAGACAGACGGACGACCAAUGACCGAUGGAGAGAGAGAGGACACUGAACUGGUUCCCAGUCUGAGGCAGAGAGGGAAGAGAGCUCUGGACUGGGAAGGAAGAGAGGAUGAUAGAAAAGAAGGAGGGAGAAAAGGAGGACAGGCUCUGUAGCUUCACAUGCCACUCUCCUAGACUUUGUAGUGUGGUCAGACUCACCACUGGUGAAAGACUAGUAGUCUAAAAGCUAAAGGUCAUAGCAACAUAAGGGUAUGGCAUAAUAUUGGGACCCACUUUAACCAAUCAUAGACUUUGGGACGAAUACAAUGAGCAGUCAUAUGUCCUCCUUUUCUCCCUCCAUGAUCUGGAAGGGUUUGGAAGCAACCAAUAGCCAGCCAACCAACCACUGAACUGGAAGGACUUGAAUCAGCCAAGAUGCACUUAAAGACCUAGAAGAGCUACUAGUGAUCAUACUAGUGACAGUACUGUUGGAACUACCUAGAACUAAACACUGUGUUAUAGAGCUUUUACUAUUCUGGAGCUUUUUUCUCUUGGGUUCAUGGACUAGCAAAAACACAGUUGUAGAAUAUUUAAGACAGUGUUUCUACAAAGAAAUAACUGGAGGUUUUGAAAAAUAUUUUUUUAAAUAAGGUUAAAUAAAUCUUUAUAGGAUUUAGAAUUCUCAGUAAUGUUUUUAAUAAUUUUGCCAUUGAUAAUGUAAAUAGCCUACCUAUUAAGCCAGAAUUUAGUAUGUUUUAAUUAUUUUAAUUAUUGUUAUUUAAAAGCCUGCUUUAGAAUAAACAUUUGGGGUAAAAACAAGAUGCUUGGAAUAAUUUUGUGUUGUUGCUGGUCAGUAUGAAAUAUUUAAAGAGAAGUAAACAUUUUAGAAGCGCUGUAUGUGGGCUAUCCCCAAGUUAAAGAGGCUCUCAACAAAAGUUAUGUACUAUGUCAUCACGUAAUUGCUCUCGAGCUUCUGCAGCUGUGCACAAAGACAUGCACGUGCUUGGCCAUACUCCACAACCUCAUUUGACAAUGCUGUGCCGAUCUGAUCCCGCCUCCCACUUUAAACAUUUUGGGGAGGUGAGAAAGAAGUACCCUGGAGCAGGGCCGGUCCUUGCCGUUCUGCCCUAUGCGAGACCAAAAAAUGCUGACGUCUAUGUUUGGCUCAAAUCAAGGCUGGUCCAGACCGGACAAAAUCUGAACCAAACAUUGACGUCUAUGAUUGGUUCAGAUUUGGUCCGGACCAGACCAAAAACCAAUGUCUGUGGAUGUGGAAAUCAAGGCCGGUCCAGACUGCACCAAAAAAAGACUUCCAAAAGACAUCGGCUUGUGCUUACUGGGGUGUAGCCUACCAUGUCAGCCACAAUGGAAUUUUAUAAAUGCCCAUCCAUGUGGUAGGCCCACCGUUUGUAAAACAGGCCGUUGCAUUGGUUUUAUUAGUUCUGAUUCCUGUGACUAAUCAAUUUAGCUAUUUAUGUUCUGAAUAUCAGCUACUCAACUUUAUUAGGAGUUAUCGUGAGCCUAUUUGCAAUGUGUUUACACAGCUGGAAAUGCAGAAGUUUCUUUUUCACUAUGAUCAGCUUGUCAAAACUUUACAGAUACAAACUUAAAACUACUGAUCAUGACAAUGGGGUGAAACUCCUGGACAACAGUUGUGAUUGUCCAUUCCAUUUUGUCCAUUUGACUUUGUUUGACCUGUCCUGUUUUUAGGAUAUGUUGUUUGUUAACAUGACAGCACAUUUUUUAUUUGAUUGAGCGCCAUUUAGGUUAAACGUUGGUGGAGUGCCGCAGCAAUUAAUCUCUCCAACAGCACGCUGGGAAUGGACAAGCAAAAUAUUUUGCGCCCCUGCCUUUGACAAAGUGGGCACUGCUUAUCACAGGGCGGCAUCAGCGCUCACCUAAAAAGCCCAUAUGCCACUGGUUGAGAGAAAUUGUCAUUGUUUUUGGGCAGAAUUAUGUGAGGUUUUAUGUGUUGUUGCUGCCCUCGUCAAUCUGCCGACAUAGACAUCCUCCUAAUCCCGCCUAAUGAGCGGCCGGCCGGCUGUGCGCUGGAGGCGGGGGACAGAAAGGGUCAUAUUUUGAUAAUGAUAGCUAUUUUAUCUUAUGUUACGCUGAGUCCCAGCCACAAACACCCCAUAACCUGUCUGUCAUUGAGCCAUCUUCUGCCACAGGACAGAAAUGCCAAAUAAUAGUCACCCAGCCAAUUGUAAACAAAUGGUCCCCAUGCUGACACAAAUUUUCCACAGAGACCUAUGCUGUACAUCCUAGUAAAGACAAGUCAUCUCUCUACAUCCUAUUGACUUUAGAGGAACUCAGCCCUUUCCAUUGCAGAUACCCAGUCUAACCCCAAAGUCUGCCCUGCUCUACCUCACACCUACCAUAGCCUACCUACAGUACAUAACCACUAUCUGCCUACCC